CAGAGCCCCGCCGCGCGCGCGCGCCCCGGCCCGCGCCCGGCGCCGCGCCCCAGCCAGCCCGCGGGGCGCCCACCUGCCGCCCCGACGGGAGGCCCCCAGCGGCCGCAGCCGCUGCCCGGGGCCGGGCGCCCGCGGCGGCACCAUGAGUCCCCGCUCGUGCCUGCGUUCGCUGCGCCUCCUGGUCUUCGCCGUCUUCUCGGCCGCCGCGAGCAACUGGCUGUACCUGGCCAAGCUGUCAUCAGUGGGGAGCAUCUCAGAGGAGGAGACGUGCGAGAAGCUCAAGGGCCUGAUCCAGAGGCAGGUGCAGAUGUGCAAGCGGAACCUGGAGGUGAUGGACUCGGUGCGCCGCGGUGCCCAGCUCGCCAUCGAGGAGUGCCAGUACCAGUUCCGGAACCGGCGCUGGAACUGCUCCACGCUCGACUCGCUGCCUGUUUUCGGCAAGGUGGUGACGCAAGGUGUGGCCUUUGCGGUGACGCGGGCAUGCAGCAGUGGGGAGCUGGAAAAGUGCGGCUGUGACCGGACGGUACACGGGGUCAGCCCACAGGGCUUCCAGUGGUCGGGAUGCUCGGACAACAUCGCCUACGGCGUGGCCUUCUCACAGUCAUUUGUGGACGUGCGGGAGAGGAGCAAGGGGGCCUCGUCCAGCCGGGCCCUCAUGAACCUCCACAACAACGAGGCCGGCAGGAAGGCUAUCCUGACUCACAUGCGGGUGGAGUGCAAGUGCCACGGGGUGUCGGGCUCCUGCGAGGUAAAGACGUGCUGGCGAGCCGUGCCGCCCUUCCGCCAGGUGGGCCACGCGCUGAAGGAGAAGUUUGACGGCGCCACGGAGGUGGAGCCACGCCGUGUGGGCUCCUCCAGGGCGCUGGUGCCGCGCAACGCGCAGUUCAAGCCGCACACAGAUGAGGACCUGGUGUACUUGGAGCCCAGCCCGGACUUCUGCGAGCAGGACAUGCGCAGCGGCGUGCUGGGCACGAGGGGCCGCACGUGCAACAAGACGUCCAAGGCCAUCGACGGCUGUGAGCUGCUGUGCUGCGGCCGCGGCUUCCACACAGCACAGGUAGAGCUGGCCGAGCGCUGCAGCUGCAAGUUCCACUGGUGCUGCUUCGUCAAGUGCCGGCAGUGCCAGCGGCUCGUGGAGCUGCACACGUGCCGGUGACCGCCGCCCAGCCCUGCGCCCGCAACCACCUAGUGGCCCAGGGAAGGCCGAUAAUUUAAACAGUCCCGCACCACCCACCCCAAAAGAUACUGGCUGUAUUUUUUAUUUUGGUUUGGUUUUUGGGUCCUCAUGUUAUUUAUUGCCGGAACCAGCCAGGCGACCCCAAGAGCACCAACUGGGGCCUCCCUGAAGCCUGGGCCUUUGCGGCUGCCACUGACCAAAGGGACUUUGCUCAUGCUUCUGGCUGCCCACAUGUGGCCACUGCUGACCACUCACUUUUUAUCUGUACCUGUUUUUCCACUUGCAGACUUAAGGUGGGUAACGAAGUGUUACAGCCACAUGCCUACUGACCCUGCCAUCUAGGGAAAGGGGCAGCCCUAUGGCAGGGGAAUGGUGCCAUCUUGACGGCAGUUGCACCCCACACUUACACACGCACCUCGGGCAGCUUCAGCCUGGUAGCUUUGUCUCUCAAGCCCCCUGGAAAAGGAAUGGGCAGACACCAGGUCCAGGGCAGAGGGUUAAUUUCAGGCCUCCAUGAGCAGCCAGAGGUUCAAUCUCUGUGGGACCCUCCAGGCAAGAACAGCAGAUGAGGCGAGAGCCGGUGAAGGCUGCAGUGCCCCCACCCCUAGCCCAGCCGCCAGGCCUCCCCUCAGAGAGGGAGACCCUCACUCCCUGGUCCCUCCCAGGCAGGAAUACGGCUGCGUCCUGGAUCAGAGACCCCAGCUGGGCCUUCACGGUGACGCCGUGAGCGUCACUCCACGGUGCUGCUCCUCCAUGAAACUAAGAAUGGAAACGCCACACGCACACAGGAGAGGGCCACGAGAAAAAGCCAUCUCCCAACUUUUAUUUCACUCCCUUAACCAAACCUACUGAGCAAAUACUGUUCUAGGCCCUGUACUGGGCCAUCUCACUGGAUGACCACAGCAGUCCUGGGAGGCCAACAAGACAGGGAUGCAUGCUUGUGCCCAUUUUACAGGAGGAAGGGCAAGGCUCAGCUGGGUCCCAGAGCCAGUAGAGGCAGAGGCAGAGCCAGAAGAGCCCCCCCAGCCAAGGCUCCUCCUGGACUCCUGUACCCAAAGGCCCAGAAACUGUAGGUCCCCCUGGGUCUGAGCCUUGGGGAUGGAGCUCUGGCUGGAGGAAAAGGGGCUGGGAAGCAGCAGGAGCCACAGACCACAGGCUGAGCCAGAGCCCACUUGGUUCCCAAGGGAGGGCAGAGCAGGCUCUGAGGGAAGAGGUGGACAGUGGGAAGGCUGACGAAGUGAGGUCUCCGCAGCAGAGGCACCCCUGCCCCCAGGUACCGUGGGUACUGAAGCAGAGCCCCCCAGAGCCAGCACCAGCAGCCCGGGCCUGGCCCUGUGCACCAGCCAAACCAUCAGGAGCCCAGCCCAAACUUCUGUGAGCAGGACCUGCACACAGCAAGCCCUGGCCUGACCCAACUGCUGCUCAGGUGGGCUCCCCACCACCAGAGGACCUCACUCUCAGCCCUCUCUCCAAGCUGCACCAACACUGGGGCUUUCGGCUCCUGGUUUGAGGUCUUAAGCUCCAGGCUCCAGGUUCUCAGACUCCAGGUUCUUGGCUCCAGGGUUCAGCGUCUGAAUUCAAGGUCCCAGAUCCAGAAUACGGGCUCCAGCCUGUAGACGCUCUCCUCCAGGCCUUGCGGUUUGUGCCUCCUGGUGUUGGCUCCCUCACGAAGACAGGGUCAACACCCUCGGCCCCCAGCCAAGCUCUCUGCUCAGUGUCCAUCCAAGAAGAAGGCCAAAACCAAGUGAGAUGCUGGACCCACAUUCAAAUGUGGGGAUAAUCUUGGGGCAGGCAGGCUCUGAUGUGGAUGAAAGCUGAGCCGACUAAGUGUCCCCACAGCUGCCCAGCUGGGCUCACUGCUCCUCUGGCGGGCUCUGUUCAGCUGUCUGCUCAGAGCCAGGGAAAAUACUAUCCCUCACUGGCAGAGGCCCGACCCACACAAAGGAAGCAGUGGAGACCCCUCCCCCACCCCUAAGUCCUGUCCCCAGAGCCAGAGGACUAGUAGAUUCAGGCUGGAUGCUGGUAUGAUGGGCACUGCCCCAGGGAGAAGGGAGAGGAUCUCUGCUUAUUCAUAGGCCUCACCUCUCCACCUACCAGGGGGCUCCUCAAAGCUGAUCCUCCCGGGGUUCUGAAGGGUGUAGCCCCGGUGAAGCAGACUAGAUUCUAGGAACCUCUGCCCAGCCCUACCACCACUGCCACCAGCACCCCAAAGGCCAAAGGGAUCCACAGCUGCAGGAAAAUGGAGUUUCCUUGGACACACCCAGCUCUAAACUGUCCAGCAGAACAGUUUAAAGAGGAACCAGCACAGGACUGACAUAGCCACCCACCCUGGAAGCUGGCCAGAGGGUUCAAGCCCUGCCCGAGACCCUCUCCACUAGUCUUAACGCAAGGCAAAGGUGUCCUCGGAGGCCUAGGGCUGGACAAGCCCCAGCUCUGGAUGCUGCUACCCCCUCUGCUGCCCCCACCUCAUCCCAAUUUUUAUACUAGGCACCUUGCCUUUGUGACGUCCCCAUGAAAUAGUCUGGUGCACGAUAAAACGAUUAUUUCUUUACCUUGCAAUUGUGGCAGUGACUUUUUUGUAGAAGAGGGAGAAGAGAGACUUGGGGAAGGACAUGGGAAAAGCAGAUAAACAUUAUCAAAUUCUAGAUAUGGGGACACUCUUUGCCCCCUCUCCUUCUCAAUAACUAGUUUGAAUUCACCUUUAACACCCAGAGGCUGUAUCCGCAUUUCACUGAGCCAUGAUCAGCUGUUCAAACCUUGGCCUUAUCCAAGGUCUCAGAACCCUUCUUGGGCAUUGAUUUGGAAAGGAGGGACAGACACGAUGACAGAGGAGGGUGUGGUAAAGUGGAUGUAGAUUGAGGAGGUGGGGGACAAAUAGAAAAGAAUUUAGUUCCUGCCCAAGCACACAAGGAUUCAAGGCCUGUGGCUAAAAGUAAACUCCAAGAUCGGAGCCCAGUCAGAAUGAGGAGUCUGGAUGGAAAACUCCAUAUAACUCAAGUCACAGCUGCUGGGGAAACCCGAAGUGGCUUCUCAGGAACCUCAGUCUAGUGGAAUGAAGUCCUCAGCCUUACCAAGGGGGCUAUGGUCCCACACCCACACCCCGCCCCUACUGCAGUAAACCCACACCAGCCUGGGAACAGUUAGGCUAGUAUGUGCUUGGCUUUCCAAAAAUUUAAUGGGGUAUAAAAGGGCCAAAGCAAAGUGCUUUCAGGAUAGCAGUGGUACCCACAAAUUUGUGAAGCAUUGGGGAAGGGAUGGGGUCUAGAGUAUGGGUGGAUAGAAAAGGACACAUCCGCAAAUCAGGGUCAAACGCAGAGAGAAAGGGACUGGUGACAUAGAGGGUCCGAGAUGGUAGAGCAAAGAGGUGGGGAUGUCCGUGCCCAACCACCUUCCAGAACUGGGAAAAGGACCUAGGCUUUGCAAUCAAACAGACCUGGGUUGGAAUCCCGGCACUGCCACUUCUUCACUAUAUGGAACCUUGAACAACUCUUUGUCCCUCUCUGGAACUCAUUUUCUUCAUUUGUAAUAUAGGGCUGCUCCCCUUGCCCCAACUUCAUUCAUAAUUUGGGGUUAAAUAAUAAUAGAACCUAUUUCUUGGGGAUGUUAAA